AUGCCCAACCCAUCUCUCCAAACGAAAACUCCAGAUAUCCUCACCCAGGCGGCUAACAUGGACAUGCAAAUGUCCAUCCAGCAUGACCGCAUCAAGAGCGCCAAGGUCGAGCAGUUGCAGAGGAAGAAGGAGAAACUGGCUGAGGAGAGGGAGAGGAACGCCCAGCGAAAGAUCAACGAGGUGGACGCUGAGCUUCUGGCCCUCACCAACGUCAACGUCCACAGAAGCUUCGCGAUCUCCGACUCGGUCAGCGCUACCAACCAUGACCGCCGCUACACUGGGACCGCUGACCCCCAGAUGGAAUCGGCGUACGCUGCACCCCCCCCAGGGUCGACUGUCACCACCACAAGCCGUUCGGCCGCCCCGCCGAACCAUCACGACUUUGUGGGUGGUGUUACACAGGUCCAUAUCCAGUAG